GCCCUGCUACAUAUACCCACCAGAAGGCACGUCCCUGGCCGCAUAGUAGGCUACUGAGGCUUAUUUUGCUUAAAUGUAAUAUGAACGUGCUCAGUCCCACGUUGGGCGCCAUAUUUGAAGCCGGGGUGGUGUAUUUGAUCGGGCUCAGGCUGUUGGAGAACACAGCCACAGGCAGAUGAUAAUUAUGCUUUUAUAAAAUGACGGAAAUAACCUGAAGAAUAGAUCAUAUCCUUCCUCCUCAACAGCAGCACAUGAAGUCAGAUACAUUGAGAAUAACAGGUAUUAAUAUUAAAUAUAGUACAAACCCAUUUUGUAACCAUAAUACAACUAGUAGUCAUUUAACAUUAAAAUUAUAUAAUACUUGAAAAAGCACAUGGGAUAAAAUGGACCAUGCGGUUAAUUAUUUUACAAAUUAGUUCUAUAAUAUUGAUUUAGUAAUUUAAUAUUACUUUCAAUGAUAUUUUAUAUGUUAUUCAAUUUAAUUCAGUACCCUAAUAUGAAUAUUAAUUUCUGACGGAGGCAGAUGAAAACAAAAUGAACAGUGUCCAUUCCAUACCUGAAGAAAAGAACAACCCUUAUCCACAACAGCAGACAUAUGAAAUGAGGAUGAAGUCAGGUAUGGAAGGAAGCUACCUGUAGAGAACCAGCGUGGCCAAUUAGAAGAUAGAUUGCAUUUAGCAUCAAAGGAAGCGCUUAAUGCAAGAUGUAAUUAGACCCUACAGGUGUGAAAAAACGUCGAGGUUGAAGAGAUUCCCAGAGAUUGAGAAUACAAGUGUCAAGUACUUUAAAGAGUUAUUUACUGACCACGACAAACAAUGAACAAAAAGAUGAUUAUGAUGAUGAUGUAUGAAUAAUGAUGUAGAUAGCAAUGCACCCCCCGUUUGGGAAAUGGUGCCCUCACCUUACACAGCUGAUAACAGACGACCAGCCAAGGAAAGGAGCAGGAUAAUGAAUGGUUGCCGAAGGUUGAACCUGAGAAAGCAAUAAAAUGUGCUCAAACCAUAUAUACAAGGGACUAAAUAGAGAACUAUACCCAAGCCAUCUUCUGUUUCACCACCCACUGACCAUCAGCCAUCCACUUUGGUUUCUGGUAUGACCUGCCAGGCCUCGUAACCACUGGUGGGGUGACCGAAAAUGAAUCUGGGCCAACAGGUGCAGAAGUAGAAGGGUUGAAAGGCACCCGGGAAGUUGAAGAUGAUGGCGUCGUCGAAGAUGGAACACCAGAUAAUUGAGCUGGUGGUGACCUUGGAAACGAAGGAGUUUCAAAAUGCUGACCCAAUGGAGAACCCCCAGGCACUGGAGAUAAAGAAAUUGUCACAUCCAUGUCGGUUGUAGAAAUCUCCAAAGUGGUGUUAGAGGUAUCACCAGGUACAGCGGAAGCUCCUAGAGAAGGCUGAGGGCUCCGAGGUUUUGGAAUUGGACGGCCAUCCAAAGCAAUUGGAAGAAGUAAAUAGCGGUGCAGUACACGAUGCUCCCUGGUGCCUUCCUUGCAGAUUUGAAACACGGGAACAUUGUAAGUCAGCUGUGACUCUGCCACAUAGAAAUGUUCCUCCCUUCGGUCGGCAAGCUUUUGUUUCCCAAGAAUGUUGACGUUGCGGACUAACACGACAUCACCUACCUUGACAGUAGCACCACAGGCUUUAUAAGUCUUCCCCUGUUUGGCGCGGGUCGGGUCCAGAUUUUGAGAAACUGCAUAUAAGAUAGCGAUGAAGUGGUGGCAAGAGACGUGCCAAAGGCAACAUCAACAGAAAGUCUAGGAUGUCUGCCAAACAUGAGGAAUAAUGGGCAUGAACCCAAAAGACAAGGUACAGUUAUAGGCAUGGACCACAUGAGCAAUAUAGUCCUUCCAACGGGCCUUUUCCUGAGCAUCCCAAGAAGUGUUCGGUUAAACUUAUCACAUAACCCGUUCCCAAUGGGGUGAUAGGGAGUUGUCCUGCAUCCCAAGAAUUGCAAGAGCAUACUUGGUGAAGUGGUCAGUAACGGCCAGAACAUUUGAGUAACUUCCAGAUGAAGGUUCCAGACUGAGAUAGUCGACACACACCAUUUCCAUGCUCAGUGAGAGGUCAGUCUGAUUAGCGGUUUUCCGAAGAAUGCACCUCUGGCAGCUAUGAAUGUGGUUCUCGACAUCUCCCAUCAUUCCUGGCCAAUAAAAAGUCGUCUCAAGAAGACAUCAUGAUGAUGAGAAAUGAAGGAUUCUUGUUGCUGCUGUGGAACAAUGAGCUGAAAGUAGGGAUGAUCACCUGAUGUAGUCUGUUUCCUUUAAAGGUGAUUGUUAGUGAUGGGAAGAGCAUCCCACUGCCCGAGGAUUGAAGCUGUGUCACGAUCCAAUGACUUAAGAGACUCCUUUGAUUGACGCUGAUCUUUGCAGAGAAGGUCCUCAAAUCAUGCAGUUAGAGGGGUCCACCUGCUGACAAGAAAGCUUAUCUGCUGAUCAGUCCCAACAUUGGUAGACUCGAAAUCGUCAACCGCUAAAACACAGUUCAAUACCUCGUGUCAAAGUGAGAACGUCUCUACAACACCAGAUGACUGCUGACUGUUGCAAACCGCAGACGCAUACCUCUUUCCAUUCUUUAGCCAGGGUGAACUCAAGAUAUAGCUCUAAUUUUAAUAGAGCCUGGGCUGCUGUUCUUUGGAUGGCUGCACCAGUGGUGUUAUUUCUAGCUCGUUUUUAUUCAUGUACUGCAAUACUGUUUUAGGUAUACAUCUGUCACUAGGAAGCCAUUUUUAGCGUGACGUCGUCCCCUAGGCGAUUGACAUUGGUCAAUCAGAACACUCGAACCAAAAAGGUCUAAUCAUAAGUGGCUGUUUUCUUCUGCAUCAACUCUGAACAUUCAUAUUUGCAAACAUGCAUAUGUCUACGAAUCAACCUGAGGCAGGAGAUAAACGGAAGGUAGAAAUUGUAGAAGGAGGUGACCAAGGGGCUUUCUCCACAAAGCAAAGUCGGCUCAAGAAUGGGGAUCAAUCUGGUACCUCAAGUGGCCCAGUACAAGAUUCCAGUUCAAAGAUCUUCCAAGACCCUGUUCACGGAACUAUAACGGUGACGGGUUUGUGUGUGAAAAUAAUAGACACCCCGCAGUUUCAGAGGUUGAGGUAUUUGAAGCAACUUGGAGGAGGUUACUUUGUAUACCCGGGCGCAGCACACAACAGGUUUGAACACAGCAUCGGAACCUACUAUCUGGCUGGAACAUUUGCUCGGAUUCUGCAACAGGAAUAUCCAGAUUUGAAGGACGAUGAAAUCAAGUGCAUUGAAAUAGCAGGACUGUGCCACGAUCUCGGACACGGCCCAUUCUCCCACGUCUUUGACAACUUCUUUAUACCUCGUGUGGUGCCAGGCAGCAAGUGGAAGCAUGAGGAUGCAUCAGUAAUGAUGUUGAAAUAUUUACGUGGAGAAAAUAUCGAAGUGAAGAAAGCCUUUGAUGAGUUUGAUAAAGAUGGGACUCGUCUCGAGCUCAUUAAGGAUCUCAUCCAAGGCGGGAAAGGAGAGGAUCAUGUGAAAGAUGAACGUGUGCUCGAAAAGAGGAAAACAAGGCCUUUUCUUUAUGAAAUUGUCAACAACGCUAACACGGGAAUUGACGUAGACAAGUGGGACUACUUUGCUCGCGACUGUCACAUGAUGGGCAUGAAAAAUAACUUCGACCACGAAAGGUACAUGAAGCUGGCGCGUAUAAUCCUCGUCGAAGAAGAAGAUGGCAAAGUGCCCCGGAUCUGUGCAAGAGACAAGGAGGCCGACAACCUGUACGACAUGUUUCACACCCGGCUGACGUUACACCGAAGAGCAUACCAUCACGAAGUUACCCGUGGAGUGGAACUCAUGAUUGUUGAUGCGCUCGUAAAAGCUAACGCAACUGUGCGGAUAUUAGGACAGAAUCGUUACCGAAAAAUAUCUGAAUGUAUCGAGGACAUGGAGGCCUACUCCAAGCUAAAUGACAGCAUCCUACAACUGGUGGAGCUUCCCAUAACACUGGGGACGAGUCCCCAAGAAACUGACUCUGGCACACUUGAAGCAAGAGAAAUCAUCGGAAGAAUCUGGAAAAGAGAUUUGUAUAAGUGUGUUGGCCAAUACAAUCUGUCUGCUGCGGACCCCUUUACACAAGAUGACAUUCCAGGUAUUAAAGAACAAAUUCUUCAUGCUGAAAAAGAAACAACCUUUGAUGGAGAACAGUUUGACAUCAUUCUGAAGUCUUUCGAUUAUGGACAGAAAAAAGAUGAUCCAAUAACAAAAGUUUGGUUUUAUAACAAAUCAAACCCUGAAAAGGCUUUCACCCAGCCAGAAGCACAGAAAUCAUGGAUGCUUCCAAAAAGAUUUCAAGAGCGUGAAAUUGCUAUCUAUUCCAAAAAGAAGGAGUUCGAGGAAGAUAUUGCCAAACGUUUCAGGCUCUGGUCUAAUGCACGAAAAGAAAAGUUCCCGGAGAUUAAGGAACAGAUGACACAGAUGCCAGAAGCCUCGAACCAGUGAAAUGGGAAUGCCCUCACAAUACAGAAGCCGUGUGACGGUGAUAACCGAAGGCCUUCAAAGGCUUAGUGCUAUUUAAUGUGUAACAUUCAAUCUUCAUUUCUUAUCAUACUAGAUUUUAUUCAUGGCUGGUGCCUUAAUGGUGAUAGAUAUGUAAUAGUUGGUUGACAUCUGCAUGCUGAUUAACUCUCUGCCACUGACCACAUUCCACUGAAGGAAACGGAUCUGUUUCAUUGUGUGUUUGAACUCAAACAUGUUCUUUACAUCCUUCGUUUUGUGCCCUAUUUUGGAUUCACAUCUUUCUUGGUAAAUACAUGUACAUUUAUUAAGAAACAUUAUUUCCUUUCUUACUUACGCUUUUUUUAUCAACGUUCCAAGUAACAUAUUAAAUGAAGCAGAUAGUUUCAUGUAAUUGAAACUUUAAUUAAGAAAUAAGCGACUCGUGGGGGUUGUUUAUCGUACAAUAAAAUACUGGGGGCGGAGAAUAAACCAUGGGGGGCUUCGCCUCAUGGUUUAUUCUCCCCCCAGUGUUUUAUUGUACGUUAAACAACUCCCACGGGUCGCUUAUUUCUUAUAUGAAAUAUCAACAUCAUGUACAGCAUAUUUAAGGAUGACGAUAAAAUGUACAAACUUAAAAAAAUAUUUACCUGUAUUUCAAUAGUGAUGGCGUGGUCCAACAUAAGACGUCAUCAAUUUGCGAGCACAUGUUGGUAUCUCCAGAAAUGAUGUCAUGGUAGAAGAAUGUUUCAUCGUAAAAUUAAAUACACUUCGUUCUUUAUUGUUCUUUGCGAUUUAUCGCUUUGCUACAUGUAUGCUAUAUUCUGCUAUAAAUGUAUAUUCGAUCUUUCUAAAAGAAACGAUAAAAUGAAAAUAGUUCUGCCACUUUAAUUAUUUGAUGAUACACACAAACACACAUAUGCUUUCGUUACUUCAUAUCUCGUAUAUCCAGUCAAACCACAACUUUAUAUUAUUUGUUCUCCCAUGUUGAUGCUCUGAUGAGUCCUUUGUAACAUUCUGAUUAUAUUACCAAGCUGCUUUAUAAACAUAUACUGUCUGCUAUAGCUAAGGAAAAAAGCAAUACAAACAACUACCUUAUACGAGAACUCAAAGUAUUUGACUACAAUGCGCUGUGGUUUCACAGCAGCAUAUGCAUUUAGACACAGCACAAAUAUAUGCAGUGACCUGGCAAUCCCAUACAUGCACACGAGUAUUUUGUCAAUGUACCUUUCAAUAUAAUAUGUUUAAUGUCGGAUGAUCAAUGUUGUAUGUUUAAUGCAGAAGUGCAUGCCUUAAAUGUAAACACCAGGUCCAUUAAAGAAAUACAGCAAGUUGACAUUUAUACAUCAGAGACUAAAGCUCUGUCAGGAUAUAGGACACUGCAAUAAAGUGACACAGCCCUUUCCAUACCCAACACAAAUCGCUGCCUGAAGCAGAGUCGAUUGUACGAUUCCGACUAUACCACGAGCAUGUGUUUAUGAAUCACUAUCAAAUAGUAAAGAUACAAGGGGCUCGCGAAAAGGUGAGCGUAUCCUGCCCCACCGGUGGCACUAUCAC